CCCCACAUUCAGUUAAUUCUUACAUUGCAUAUUUGUGUUGAUUUUAGAAUGCAGACUGCAAGUUCCGCUAUUGUUGUUUCAGCAAUUUACUUUUGGAACAAGAUCUACAAAUAGUAGUGAGAUGGGAAGCAGCCAGCCUCAGUGGAAUGGGGGUGAGCCUCUGCUCUGGGAAAAGGUCAGGAGGGAACCUCCCUUCCUGCAUUCCAAUGAGAGUGAGAAUUUGGGGGUCAUUUGUUCUGGAGGGGGCAAGAAAGAAGAGAGCAUCCUUGCUGUGGAUUUGCUCUUCACUGGACAUAGUGGCCUUGAACCUGCUCCACCAAGUCCCAGGACACAGAAGCCUACGGUGGGGCCAAUUUGGACCAAGUUACAAGCAUUUUUUUUCCUGAGCCCUUCACAGACCCAGGCUCAGAAGCACUCUUCCCAAAGAGUCAAGUCACCUCUGUCUAAGCAAUGUUGGGGAGCCUUCCCAGGUGUUUGGCACCAUGAUAGGCCCUUUGACACCUCCAUUGCACAGAAUCUCUCUGGGUAUCUUCGAGGUAAGAAUGCUCUGAGUCAACUGUCACACCCAAGAAACCCUAGAGAAGUUCAAAAAGGAAAGAGACGAUAUUUAUGUGAGGAGUGUGGGAUGCUCUUUACUUAUUCUUCAGACCUUAAUAGGCACAAGGCAAUUCAUACUGGAGAAAAGCCUUAUACAUGUCAGGAGUGUGGCAAAGCCUUUGCUCAGUCCUCAAACUUAUCCGAACACAGGAAAAGUCAUACCGGAGACAAGCCUUUUACAUGUCUGCAGUGUGGGAAGGCCUUCACUCGGUAUUCAAGCCUUUCUGAUCACAGGAAAUGUCAUACAGGAGAGAAGCCCUAUAAAUGUCAGGAGUGUGGAAAGGCCUUCACUCAGUCAUCAAUCCUUUAUUCUCACAAGAAAAUUCAUACAGGAGAGAAGGCUUAUAUAUGCCAGGAGUGUGGGAAGUCCUUCGCUCAAUCCUCAGGUCUUUAUCUUCACAAGAGAGUUCAUACUGGAGAGAAGCCUUAUAAAUGUCAGUGUGGCAAAGCCUUCUCUCAGUCCUCACACCUCUCUAAGCACAAAAGAAUUCAUACCAGAGAGAAACCUUAUACACGUCAGGAAUGUGGGGCGGCUUUUUCUCGGUCCUCAAUCCUUUCUUCUCACAUGAAAAUUCAUACUGGAGAGAAGCCUUGAGCAUGUCAGUGUGGGGAGGCCUUCUGUUCAUUCUCAGAUUUCUCUAAGCACAAAAGAAUUUAU